AUGUUUACACAGAAAGUAUUAAUUUAAACUCAAGCUAUUAAAAUAACCAAAAUACAAAUCAACACUAAAAUAAUCAUUUAAAAUACCUAUAGUAAUCUCCACAAUAUGUUCCAGUUUCUAAUUAUUUUAUAAACACGGAUAUUGCUGGAAGUUAAAUUGCUGAUCCAAACAAUAAUAUAGUCGAUGAUAAGAAAUUUACAUUAACUCUAAAAAAAUAACAUUAAUCUUAAAAAAAAAUUGAACUAAACAGAUUUGAAAGUGCUGAAACAAGUAUAUAAUUAGAAGCGAAUAACGCAUGUAAUUAAAAAGAAUAAGAAAAAGAGUAAAAAGCUUUCCUAAACGAAUUAAAAUACAAUAAUUUAAAUGAAAAUACUAAUUUUUUAAGUAAAAAAUAACGCUCUUAAAUUUAGUAAUCUUGUGGAGAUAAUUCAGGUUUGA